AUGAAACUGGAAUGCUCCGAAAACUGCAGAAAAGCCCGGAUUUCAAUAUCGGAAACCUCACUUGUAAGCAUCAUCAAGGAUUUUCUGGACAGUCUCGAGGCGAUCAACAGCAAUCCAAUGAUUUUACAACAGUUUUAUGACUAUAUAAAAAUUAAAUUUAAUAUUCCUUGUGAAAAGGGCAUGCUAUUCGUUGAAAAGAUCACAAUGGAGAGUGUUUUUAAGACGUUUAAACUGAAAACAGACAGUAUGAAUAGCCUAACAAAUAAAAAAGUGGAAUUGUAUCAAUGGAUAUCACCCAGACACCUGGAAAUAAAGGAGUUAAAUAUUACAAAAAUAUUAAAAAUACUCAGGAAAAUGGAAUCAACUGAAGUGCCAUCAGUCAAAACAUUCCACCUAAUGACUUCCAUUGAAAACCUAUAUAGAAAAGUGGGAAAGGGCGUUGGAUUGGAUGAUUUCUUCCCGUAUUUAGUCUACUGCUUUAUAAAGGCAAACAUUCAGGAUUUAUAUGCUCAUAUUCAUUAUAUCAACUUGUUCAAAAGGAAGUAUGAUAAAGACUGUAAUUUUGAAUGCAAGCACGGAUUUCAAAUACCUGUUGAAUGUAUAUGCCUGAUUUCUAAAGACUGGAAAAACGAAGAUGAGUAUUAUUUGACAACAGCACUGGCUGUAGUAGAUUACAUAGCAAAGCUUGAAUACUAUAACCUGAAAAUAGAACACAAAGAAUUUGACAAAAAGAUUUCAAGGAGUCUUGAAAGAUUCCAAACUUCAAACAAAAAAGACGAGAGUUCUUCUACUUUUGAAUUAAAUCGUGAGCUUUAA